AUGGAUGGUGACGGUGAUUGUGAUACAAAUAUGUAUAUCACUUUGAACGAUGGUUGCACCACCUCUAGUUCUGUCGAUGUAAGAGGUAAAAGUAGAUCAGAGGAUGGUGAUGGUGGUGAUACUGAUCCACUGCCCGUACUUCUUUUACAUGGGUUUGCAUUAUCAAAUACAGCAGGUACUUAUAGAGACUUUACUGAUUAUGUUAAUUGGAUUAAACAAAAUAACCCAAAUCAAAUUGCAAUUUCAUUAAAUGUUGAUAAUGGAUUUGAUUCAACUCAAGCAAUGAUUAAUCAAAUUUAUGAUGUUUAUCAAUUAAUUCAAAAUAUUACAAAGAAUAAUGAAAGUUUUGCAAAUGGGUAUCAUUUGGUUGGACAUUCACAAGGUGCCUUGAUCCUUCGUUCAGUAGUUGAAUUAUAUGGUCUUCCAGUUAAUACUUUUGUAUCAUUGGCUGGUGUACAUAUGGGAAUAUAUGGAUUAGGACCAUUAAGUGGAUGGGAACAAAAUUUAACAGAAUGGGAAUUAACCAAUUUAUUUUAUACCAAAACAUUUCAAAAAUCAUUUUCAGUAGCCAAUUGGUGGCAUGAUCCUCAAAAUCGUGAUAGAUAUCUAUCAGAGAAUGUAUUCCUACCAAGUAUCAACCAAGAAUUACCAAAUCAAAUUCCACAAUAUAAAGAAAAUUUAAUUAAUAUUGGUUCAUUUCAUUGUUUUGGUUCAAAAGAUGAUGGAACAGUAGUACCAUGGAUAUCAGAAUUAUUUGGAUUUUUUGAUAGUAAUUUAAAUUUACAACCAAUGUUUGAAAGGGAUGUUUAUAUCAAUGAUACAUUUGGUUUACAAACACUUUAUAAAGAAGGUAGAUUAACAUUGACAGAGAUUGAUGGUAUUGCUCAUGCUCAUUGGUUAUCAAAUCAAACUAUUUUUAAUCAAUAUAUUUUACCUUUAAUUUCAAAAUAG